CACAACUCUAAUAAGAAUCUUCCUUUAUUUUCUCUCCAAUUUAAUUCUCUUUCAUUUGCUCUUCGACAUGGAUUACGAGCAACUCAUGUUGAGAGAAACUCUAAGAGGCCAAAGCAUAGAGCACAAUAAGAAGAAGUAUACUACUGUUUCUAGUACUACUUCCUCUGUUGCUUCACAUGAAGACUUAAGGAGCAGAAUUGAGUCAUUUCAUAUGCUAGAAAAAGGUAACAUAUCAAAGAGUGACUCUACUGAAAAGAAACUUUCUUGGCUACGUUCUCAGAUCAUCGGUGAAGAUGCCGAUUUUGAGACACCCUUUGGGAAACGUAGGCUUACUUAUGCUGAUCACACUGCCUCUGGAAGAUGUCUUCACUAUAUUGAAAAUUAUAUCACUAAUAACGUCCUUCCUUUCUAUGGCAACAGUCAUACUAGUGACAGUUACGUAGGAUACCAAACAACAAAAAUAGUGCAUGAAGCAGCAGCCUACGUGAAGAAAUGCUUAGGUGGAGGAGAAGAAGAUGCUAUAAUAUUCUGUGGUUCUGGUUCUACUGCAGCCAUUAAAAGGCUCCAAGAAGUCAUGGGAAUUACAGUCCCUUCAAUUCUAAGAGAAAAAGUCCUCACAAAAUGCUUCCGCAACGAAACAAAAGAGAGAUGGGUAGUAUAUGUUGGCCCCUAUGAGCAUCACUCUAACAUCCUUUCGUGGAGACAAAGUUUAGCAGAAGUUGUGGAGAUUGGUUUGGAUGAAAAUGGUCUUGUGGAUAUGGAAGCUUUGAGAGUUCAGCUUGAGUUCUACAAGUCUACGAAUAGGCCAUUGUUGGGUUCAUUCUCAGCUUGUAGUAAUGUCACUGGAACUUACUCUGAUACCAGAGCCAUCGCUCGUCUUCUCCACAAAAAUGGAGCUUUUGCUUGCUUUGAUUUCGCUGCAAGUGGUCCAUAUGCAAAAAUAGAGAUGAGAUCAGGAGAAAUAGAUGGGUACGAUGCUGUUUUUCUUAGCCCCCACAAGUUUCUUGGAGGGCCAGGGACACCAGGAGUCCUUGUAAUGAAUAAAGCACUCUAUCGAUUGAGAACUUCACCUCCAUCUACUUGUGGUGGUGGUACUGUUGAUUUUGUCAACCCCUUCAAUGAGAAGGACACACUCUACGUGGAGAACAUCGAAGAAAGGGAGGAUGCAGGAACACCACCAAUCAUACAGAAAGUGAGAACAGCUCUAUCAUUUUGGGUAAAAGAGUUCAUAAGUCACAAAGUAAUUGAAAGAAUGGAGCACGGCUACAUUGAGCUUGCACUAGAGAGGCUUCUCCCAAAUCCUAACGUAUGGGUUUUGGGAAAUGUAACAGCCAAGAGACAAGCUGUGCUUUCUUUUCUCAUCUAUACCACAACUUACUCCUCAUCAGGUGACAUCAAUGGCGAAGACAACGAGCUUUACCUAUGGCGAGAGACAGGGAACAAGAAAGAUAAGCCACUUCACGGCCCUUUUGUCGCUAAGCUGCUUAAUGACCUAUUUGGUAUCCAAGCUAGAGGAGGGUGUGCUUGUGCUGGACCCUAUGGACAUAUCUUGCUCAAGGUUGAUGAACCUCACUCUCUUGCCUUCAAAGAUGCAAUUCAAAUGGGCUAUAGUGGAGUGAAGCCAGGAUGGACAAGGGUCAGUUUUCCUUACUACAUGUCCAAGGAAGAAUUUGAGUUCAUUCUAGCGGCACUAGAAUUCAUAUCCAUUUAUGGACAAAGGUUCCUCCCUUUGUACCAUUUCAAUUGGAGGAGUGGUGCUUGGACUUUCAAGAAAAAGGCUUUCAAGGAGGCUCUCAUAGGGAGAGACCACAAUUGCAACUUUUGUGGCUCACAAAUGAUACACGGGUUGAACCUAGGUUGCCAUGAUACUAAAGAAAACAACCACGGAGGAGGAAGCCCUAACAAAGAAGGUCUUAUUUACAAGUAUGUAAAGUACCUUGAGACAGCUAAGCGUAUUGCCAGCCUCCUUCCCAAGUUCCCACCUCAACGGUCGAUGCCUGAAGAAAUCGACCCUAACCUUGUACCCUUUAGAGUCUGAAGAUAAAAAAAUCACAUUGCUGAACUUAUGCUAUUGGAGAGAGAAUGCUCGUUCUCAUUCUCCUAUAUGAUCGUGCAGUUGUCUAAUCUAUAGUUGGGCAAUACAAGGGUUAUUAUAUGUAAUAAAUUAGAAGAAUAAGGGGACAUGAAUAAACAAUAUUUUUAAAUAUUC